UCGGUACAGUUUGGGGGUACAAUCAUUGACAUAUUAAGCGUAGACACGGCAUACUCACCAAAAAAGCGUCACGAGGAAACAGCAUGGAAACAGUCGAUAGGUGGUCUAUCUAUCUCUUUUAACCAAGCGAUCCCGCGCAUGUGACAGACAAAGAUGGCUAGACUACUCAAUCCUAUGUCGGCGUUACACCUCGAUGCAUUGAGUGGCAUAUGACUAGCCAGGUCUAUCCUUAACAUGUCUCUGGGUACGUUGCGAGAAGUGGACAAUCUAUCAAUCAUCCGUACAAUUCUAGGAAUUGUCCAAAUUCGGGCUUUGUUCGUAACUAUUUAUAAAUAGAGCAAGCAUACCGGCCACGCUAGGCUAGCAGACGAAAAUAUCUCUUGCGGUUGUUCGACCUGUAUCUCGCGCAAUAAAACUCCUCACUCUCUCAUACCCAACAAAUAGAGACGCUGUUAACUUACUUGAUGCAAGAUAGAGACACAACAAACAACGAAAAAGAUAGUGUCGUCACUUCACUAGGACUCUACGGCUACGGUCUGCUCAGUCUAUAGUUUAUUAAGCCCUCUAUUUGACAGCUCUACACUGUUGCCACAUCUAAUAUGAGUUCCUUGUUCUGAAAAACUAUAGUUAAAGUAGCUACAUAGUAAAAGGCACGGAUGUUGACAGUGACAGUCACUUCCUUCAUAUUUGAAAUUUGAAAAUAGAAUGCUCCAAGUCAAUUUGAAACUGUAUAUUAUAUUAUUUAUAUUUUUAAUAGGCGAAUUAACAAUAAACCAUGUAAUAUGUACUGUCACAUGCGAAGAAGACAAAUUAUUGAAAUUUUUGGCUGGUAUACAAGUUUGGAGCCCUGAAAGUAUUUUUGAUUUAGCUAUUAUCGAACAAGAAGCUAUUUGCAAUAAAUUAGAAGAGAAGCUUAAGAAUGUAGAAAAGUACUACACAGUUUGCAAACAACAGAAUCCUCAUAGUUUAUAUGUUACAUUAGUUGCUGGAGUAAAAGCACUUAAUGAUAAAGUGUGUUGCUUGAAUCAAGACUUUUUUAGACAAUUCUUGAUUUAUCAUCCCUGCCUGUAUGAACUUAGGGACGAUUUUGAAGAGUGCAACGGUCCGCCAGAUUGGACCGAGCAUAGCCAAACUGAGAAACUGUGCAAAAAUUACAAAUCGAUUUUGGAUUGUUACUACGUCAAAACAGCGAAAGUAUGUGGAAAAGACGCAGCUCUGACUAUAACCAGCUUGAUAACUGAUGUAAUAGAUAAUACGAUUACACAUAGUUGCAAACGUAUUAAGAAAUUCCCAGUUGUAAAAGACAUCAUGCCUGAAAGCUAUAUUAAAGGAGGUUCACCAAAGAUGCUGGUGCCCGAUAUGCCAAUAAAAUCUGGGACAAUUGUUCACAUUAUUCCAUUUUUAUUAUAUUUUAUACUUUUAUAAUAAAUAUAUUACCAAUCA